UAUCCUUACAAGACCCCUGUGAGGUAGAAAAGAAGUAUUCAUCCCAUUUUGUAGAUAAGGGAUUGAGUCACAGAGAAGUAAGUGACUUGCCCAAGGUCACACAGGAAGUCUGUGGCAGAGCAAGGACUCAAAGCCAGGUCUUAUAGGUCCUAGGCUAGCACCCUAAGCACACUGGACCAUCACUUCUCUUAAUGUUCUGUCUGGCUCAUCAGAGUUCAGGGAAUUACAGCUAGUGUAGAAAUUUGAAUCCAAUACUCUUUUUAAUAUAGUGAAGGUCUUGUGCAACUCAUAGGAUGAGAUAUUACAACUGUAUUUCACAUGUAACAUUCCAAGAAAAGAUGAAAAUGCCUCCAAAGUGGUGCACAUAAUGAACUAAAGAACAAAACAAGCCCAACAACUCCCCCACCCCAUUAUGAAUAGAGUAAGGUUGUAUUCUAGAAUUGGUGAUGAGACCCUUUCUUCCAAUUCCCUCUUCAAAACCCACUUAUUCAAGGAGGAUUAAAGUAGUUUCUUAAACUUAAAAAGUGUAACAGUCAGGAUGGAUGGAUAUAUUCUCUCCAAUUAUUGCUUGUUUGCAAUAUAUUUGCCCUGAUCUUCCCUCCCUUUUUACCCCUUCACAUAUUUUCUCCUCCUGUAGUUAUUGUAUUAGGCAGACUUUAAACUUGUGGGACAGAGAUGGUGUGCUUUUUUUAACCGCUUCAUGCACAUUUGUAGUACGAUACAAGUAAUAUUUCAGAAUUAGUAUUUAUCUCCCUAAAUAGCCUUUCAGUAUGCUUUCUCUUUCAAAUUCCUUUAUUCACAUAACUGAAAUUCUCUCCUCUUAUAUUCUGAUAUUCUUGUAUCUUGCAUACUUGCAAAUGUAGCUAAGAUUUCAGCGUCAGGUUCUCAAAAGGAAUACAAAAACCUCAGAAAUAGUGAAGCAACUGGUUGCUGAAGAAAAUGCAGGAGAACUACAAAAAUGUUUUGGGUCACGGAUGGAGUUUGGGACAGCAGGACUCAGAGCAGCCAUGGGGGCAGGAAUUUCUCAGAUGAAUGACCUUACUAUUAUUCAGACAACUCAGGGAUUUUGCAGGUACCUUGAAAAGAACUUCAGUGAUCUAAAGAAAAGAGGGGUUGUCAUUGGUUUUGAUGCUCGCGCCCAUCCUUCAAGUGGAGGUAGCAGCAAGAGGUUUGCAAGGCUUGCUGCAACAACGUUCAUCAGUCAGGGAAUUCCAGUGUACCUCUUCUCCAAUAUAACACCAACACCUUUUGUGCCCUACACAAUAACUCAUCUGAAACUUUCUGCUGGAAUUAUGAUUACUGCUUCCCAUAACCCAAAACAAGAUAAUGGUUACAAGGUUUAUUGGGAAAAUGGUGCACAGAUAACUUCACCUCAUGACAAAGGAAUCUCUCAAGCUAUCGAAGAGAACCAAGAGCCAUGGCCUCAGGCUUGGGAUGACAGUCUGGUUGACAGCAGCUUGCUACUUCAUGAUCCUUAUGUCACUAUCAAUAAGGACUACUUUAAAGACAUACAAAAGCACUGCUUUCACAGGAAUAUAAACAAGGAAACAAAGCUGAAGUUCACCCACACUUCUGUGCAUGGUGUAGGCCAUGAAUUUGUGCAGUCAGCCUUUAAGGCAUUUGACUUUAAACCUCCAUUGGCUGUUCCUGAACAGAAGGAUCCUGAUCCAGAAUUUCCAACAGUAAAGUACCCAAAUCCUGAAGAGGGUAAAGGUGUACUGACGUUAUCUUUUGCUUUGGCUGAAAAAGAAGGGGCUGGAAUUAUUUUAGCAAAUGACCCAGAUGCUGAUCGACUUCUUGUUGCAGAGAAACAAGAAAGUGGUGAGUGGAAAGUGUUUUCUGGCAAUGAGCUGGGAGCUCUUUUAGGCUGGUGGCUCUUCACUUGCUGGAAAAAUCAGAAUCAAGAUCCUGCUGCCAUCAAAGAUGUAUACAUGUUAUCCAGCACUGUCUCUUCCAAAAUCUUGAGAGCAAUUGCACUGAAGGAAGGCUUUCACUUUGAGGAGACAUUGACAGGUUUCAAAUGGAUGGGAAAUCGAGCUAAGCAGCUCAUGGACCAGGGGAAAACAGUUUUAUUUGCAUUUGAAGAAGCUAUAGGAUAUAUGUGCAGCCCUGUUGUCCUGGACAAAGAUGGUGUCAGUGCUGCUGUUAUAACUGCAGAGAUGUCUAGUUGGCUAGCAACCAAAAAUUUGUCUUUGUCUCUGCAGCUGAAAGCUAUCUAUGAUGAGUAUGGCUACCACAUUACUAAAGCUUCAUAUUUUAUCUGCCAUGAUCCUAAGACUAUUAAAGAGUUAUUUGAGAAUCUUAGAAAUUAUGAUGGAAAAAAUACUUACCCAAAAUCAUGUGGCAAAUUUAAAGUUUCUGGAGUAAGGGAUCUCACUACUGGCUAUGAUAGCAGCCAGCCUGAUCAAAAGGCGGUGCUUCCUACCAGUAAAAGUAGCCAAAUGAUAACAUUUACUUUUGCUAAUGGAGGGGUGGCUACUAUGAGGACCAGUGGGACAGAACCAAAAAUCAAAUACUAUGCUGAAUUGUGCGCCCCUCCUGGAAACAGUGACCCUGACCAACUGAAGGAGGAAUUAGGUGAGCUGGUCGGUGCUAUCGAAGAGUAUUUCUUUCAGCCAGAAAAAAAUAAACUGCAGCCCAAAGCAGAGUAAAUAAUUAAGACUGUUUCCUUUAUCGCACUGUCUCUGCAGCAUGUUGUGGGCAAAACUCUACACUAUUGGAAAAAGUAGAGAUUUUUAAGGACCAAAAAAAAAGAUUAAAAUAUAUAUCCUUACCAAUAUGUGUUCCACAUCCUCUUUGGUCUAAUAUCUUAUCUGGGUAAAUCAAGGGAUUCCUUAUUAAAAACUAGCAACCAAAAAUUAUCUGGUACAAUGCAAAUGUUUCAAUAAUCAAGUCUUGUUCUAAUAAAUUUUAUUGUACUUGCCUUGCCUUAAUUUCUGUAAAUGCAAUUUGCUUUUUACAUGUAUGUAGCCUAAUUUGAUAGCAAUGUAACUACCAAGUUUUUGAUGACAGGGGAACUGGAUAGCGCUGCAUGAAUAUGUCUAGUUUUAUCUUUGCAAGUCAGGCUAGCUGCAUAACUAUGGGGCACUGGAAAUAUGUAGGGGAUGUUGGUAAAAUCAGGGUAGAUGUCCCUAGAAGAGCAGGUUUCCAAAAGUGAUUUUUAGCCACAAUAGCAGGAUUUUACUGGGGUUGGUGGUGGAUUUGUGGGUGUUGAUAAAUUGUAUAGUCAAUUGCUUGACCACCACACUUUCAUUAAUAAUGAACCAUGUGAACAUGUCUUACUGCUCUAAGACAAUAAUACUAUGGUACAGGAGUAAGGUUAUAUAUGAUACCAGUCUCUGAGAAGCCAUGUCAUGCAGUGAUGAUACAUUCACCUUACACAGAAGGUGUGCUCCCCAAGUUACACAUUUUAGCUGGUAUUAUUUAUACAUAAUACAAGUUGUAUCUCUCUUUACAGGUCACUAAAAUCCAACCCAGCUCCCUACCUAGUUUUUCUGUUCUUUCCGUAUCUUUGAUUUAGAUACUAGCAUUCUAGGUACUGGUCCAUGAAGGUGCCUCCCCUAGCUUGUACUUAGACAUAGAAUGAAUGAAUCUUGAUUUUGACAAGUUUCUUAUCUGCUUAUGCCAAAUGGAAGAAGUUAUGGGAUUAUGGUGUAGGUUAGUUUUAGGCUACAUCACUAUUACAAUAUUUAUGCUUAAUGCAUACUAAUAUAUAUAAAAAUAUGGAGCAGAUAAUACAUAUUACUACAUAUAUGCUGGACAGCAUAAAUUAGUCAAUGAAGCAGAGCCAGAAUCGACAUCUGUUGUCUAUUGCCAUGGUUUCUAUGAAAAUACAUCAUCUUGUAGGCAGGGGAAGAGGAAAUGCAGCAUCUUGGGUUGGAGUUGAGCAUGCCAGCCCUGUGUCUUUCUCUAAAGACACUUAACACUAUACUGGGGCAGAGACUGACUUCUUGGUAAAUAUUUAUAAAGUGCCUCAUAUGAUGCAUCCCUGACCUUUGAUUGGGCCUAUAAAUACAAAAGAUGGGAGGGUUUUGCUAUUGACUUCAAAGUGAAACAUCGUAAGUCUUACUGUACAGAAAUUACAUGCAUAUGGCUUUUCAUUGCCCUGGUAGUUAUGUUCUGAAAAUGAAAUGCAAGGACAACUCUAAAAUAACCUAUUAAACCAUGGGAGGACACACUGCAGUCUGGAAUUAUGAAUAUACUUCACUGAGGACCAUAUAAUGUGUUUAUUGUAUAUGCCCUAUUAAUGUUGGGGAUUCUACAACAUCCAGCCAGUGUUGGUCAAAAUGUUAGUCUGUAACUCAGCAUUCUUGUGUAUGUUUGUUUUUAUUGUGCUAAAAUGUAUUUGGCAUAGUGUAAACCUGAACUGAAUCUUGAAAGCAAAAUAUCACUCCUUCUAAAGUGAGA